CAACGAGCUCCACAAGAGAAAGACAGACUGGAAUGGUUCGCGCAAUUUGCGCUCUAAGAUUUGUUUUUAGUUAGAAAAACUUUAUUCUUUCCUGAUCAUAUUUUGAUUUCCUCUUCAAAAAAUUGCACGUCGCGAUGAGCAACUCUAACCCUCUGCGGACCGACGCUUGUAUGAAGCGAACGGUAAGUAUGGAGACAGUUUUGCGACAUCAUGAAAUUCAAGAGAGGAAACUACAAGGGAAGCGAGAAGCAUAUAAAAGACGAAAUGAUACGUACGUCAAAGCUAUGUACGGUAGUCCUCAGGACAAAGAAGAAGUCAGGUGAACAAGUUUACGUUUUAUAACUUAACUUAACUUGACUUGACUUAAACAAUAGUCAAUUAACGUCCAUCACCACAAGUGCUGAUGCUUGUUAGACUCCAAUUAACAGCUGUCUUUCAUUUAAACAUAGACUGCAAAAUAUUCUCAAAAUAACCAAGAUAUAACUGUAAAAUUUUCAUUACUGGAUACGGCAUUCUUGCAGUUCUUUCCUUAGACUGAUUUCGGUCUAUUUUAAUUUAACUUGUUGAUCGAUUGUGGGUUGAUAGAUUGCAUUUGCCUAGUCCCCUCGCUUUUCGAGUACAAUCGAGAAAGCAUAUACCAUGUAUGCCAGGGCUAAAUCAUCCCCUAAGUUGCUCCUCAAAGCGUGACAAUUUCAGUUAAUUUACAAUAACUUUGUUGGCUCUAACUCAGAUCUUUCCUUACCAAACUUGGCCUGAAAAUAUAAAAUUAAUAUUGAGACAAUCAAAUUGACAUUUUGACAUCAAUAUGUCAAAUUAUGACGUCACAUUUGCUGACGUCAUUCAUACGUACAUUUUAAACUUUAAACUUUCUCCAUCUUUUAUGAAAAUUUGAAAGAACCAUUCAAGGGAAGUCAUGUGAAAGCUGAAAAAACGUUUUUUUAAUCUUAAAUAUGAGCUGAGAAAUGACAUUUUGAAUUGGGAUAAAUUCGUACCACAAAAACGGGGUAAAAUAGGCCUAAAUUAAAGUGUUUUAUUGUAGUGUCACCAUUUCUAUUUAAGAUAAACAUAACACAUCUUUAUUGUUGAAAUCUAAAGGAAAAAAGAAUGUUUUUUAAGGAAAAGUAUGGUUCCCAGGGGUGCAAUAAAAUACCUUAAAAGUCCAAUAACUCAAGUUUUACACGUCAUGGCAAGAAAUGGUUUUCAACCUUUUACUCCCCUUCUAAUUCUCUUUCAGGUGAUAUAGGUAAGUGAUAUAUUGAAAUUAGAAAAUUAUAUCAGGAAUUGUGACGUCAUAAUUUGACAUUUUGCGUGAGACAAAAACGUUAAAAUUACCUGGUCAACAAUCAAAGUCUGUGGGGGCAUUUACACAAGAGGCACUUAUUAAUUUGAGAGAGGGCAUAUUUUAGAUCAUCCUAUUUGUGGUUUAAAGAUUCCUUUGUAAAGUGCCAUGAGCCCAGUAAUGGAUAUGGUGCUGAUUAUAAAUGCUUUGAUUAUAAUUUAUUACAUGUAUUAAUAUAAUUGUAUAGUAAGCUAUUCCUUGAACACUAUGAGAACACUUAAAGCAACCACUAUUAUUGCAUCUUUAAAACUCUCAGGCAAGAUGGCAGAACAGCAUUGUUGCAACAAAUGAAAGAAAAAGAACUAGCUGACAAAAAUGCCAUGGCUGAAAAGACAAAAGAGAGUGACUUCGCAAUCAGUUAUGACAGGAUCUGCAUUGAACAAGACAAAGAAGACAAAAUCAACAAAGAAAAAUACCUACAGCAGUUCAGGAAUGAAAAUAAAAGGGUACUAACACUUUAAUUUCUGUUUGUUCAAUUUUUCUGAAGAACAGCUCAACCGGUAGCUGCAUAUCAGAAAGUUACCUUCAAGAUUACUUUGGUGUUGAAAAUGCUGCAACUAUUGUAUACGAAUCUCAGUGGUAAUGUUUAUUUACAGACUGUAUCUUAUGCCACCUUCUUAACUCAUGACUUGCACACCUGUGCUUCAAACAUGGCAUCAACUCAACUACAUGGAGUAUGAUGUCAUAAAACGUUUUUCUUUGAAUACUGAUUGGCUCAUAACCAUCAUGUAUUAUCUGUUACAUUAUUGGCCAGUGCUACCAAGAAAUGUGAUUUUACUGUUUUGAGGUGAAAGCCAUUCAAUCCAAAAAGGAGGCAAAGUCAAUUAAAAACAUUCAAAAGUCCAUUUUAUUUUGUGAUGUACUGAAAACAAGUGACAUCAUGCAAAAGAUCAAGGUUCCUUUAAAUGUCAAGACUGAGGUUUCUUUGAAUGGUGACACAACAAAUUUUAGCCUACACACAAAUAAAAAGGCACUUGAUUUAAGUACAAUACUUUUUGCUGUAGUGACCUUGGAAAAGUCUGAAAGUCAAGAAAGGAACAAUCAUCACUUUAGUAAAUAUUGGGGGCAUUUUUGUUUUCUCUUUCACAGCUGAUGGAGCUCCGUGCAGAACAGCAGAAAAAAGAUAGAUGUGCAAGACAUUUAGAAGAAAGAAACCUCCUCCAGCAAAGUCCGAUAAAUUGGAGCCAUACUCUUCAUUGAGAAAUAAAUUCAAGUAUUAUUAAUUUUUAUUGAUAGCUGAAAAAUCAUGGUUUUUACAAUCACUUAAAUUAAUUCCAAUAAACAACAUAGCAUAUGUUGUGUACAUGCUGUUACAAUUAUCCAGAUUUUGAUGAUACUAAGAUGUGUGUUUAUAACAGUUUGUCAAUCAAGUAAUAGGAAAAAGAAAUUUAAAAUGGCACUUAUGAUAAUAUAAAACAAUCAAAAUACCAUGUUGCAUUAAUAAUUUUUUUAAUGUCUGGAAUGUUCUAAUCAAGUGAUGAAUAUUUUGAAUGCACAGUAUUUAACAAUAAAACAAAAUUAUCUACUAACUCAUAAAGUGGAACCUCAAUGUGUACAAACUUAAGUUCACAAACUUUAAGUUAUACUAUGACAUUAAUCGUAACCUAGACCCAGCACUACAAAGGGUUUUUUUGGGUUGUCAAUUUCUUUUAUUCACCAUCUACACAUUGGCCAUUAUACACCUUGUUUAUCUCCCACACUUUUGGGGUAUUACAUUCGUCCCAAGGUGUACAAGGGAAAUGUGAAAAUGAUGAAUCAUUCCUUUUUUCUUAUUUUGAAGAAUUUCGUUGUGUGAUGCACAGAUCUUUUUUAAGCAUUUUAAGAAAUUCUCUACAAUAAUAUCAUACAGCAGACACGGAUAGAGCUAACUGUUUCAUGCUUUCAUGCUGAACUCCACUACUACUCGGCACUGAAAAUGAACGUGUCAUUCUCCCACUGCUAUGGUGUAGUAAUAUUGCUGUCAUAAAUAAUGGCAGUGACACUGGAUAAUACAGUACUG